AUGGAAAUCUGCGAAUUAUUCAAGGAAACUCUUUAAGAAGAGGAUGAUACUAAAAGAUAAGCUAUGAUGUUCAAUGUUUGUAGAAAGCUAAGUAGAAUACUUCCAUUUCCUUCUGUAGUCACAAUUUUAUAAUAAAAACCUAAUAUUUUAAAAUAUCUACUGAUAGCUAGUUAAUUAAAUGAAAAUUGCGCACUAAUGAUGUUUUAAGCAUUACAAGAGAGAUACUACGAUGAAAAGUUAUACGUGAAACUCUAUUUUGAAUGUGUGAUAAAAUGUUUAAUAAAUUAGGAGAUUUAUAGUUAAAGUGUGAGAAAGGAUGAGACAAAAUUAAGAUUGUUUUUAUUUGAAAACUCUAAAUACUUAAUCAAUAAAAUUUAAGAGUGUUUCUUUAAUGAAGAAAGUGUCUGUUUAAUGAUAAAUAACUUUUUUAAGAGUUAUAUCAAAUACAAUGCAGAUUUUGAAAUGCUUAAUUAAUGCUUUUUGUUUGCCUUAGAAAAGCGGAAUGUGUGGAAAUUGCUUAAAGAAGUAGAUUAACAAUUUGAGAUUGAUGUGGAAAAUUUAGAACUAGUAUUAUUAGGAUAAGUAAUGAGUUCAAAAACUCUUGAUUUCUAAAUAUAAAAUGGUCAUCAACAAAAUAGAAGGCUAGCAUAUAGUGGCUUAAAUAAAGCUGAGAUGCAAUAAUAAAUGCUUGAAGAAUGGUUAUUUCAACCAAGUGAAGUUCCAUUUCUUGUAGCUAAUCAACCAACUGUAGACUAAAUGUAGAGUGAUGUGUUUAAAUCAAAUAAAUUACUUGAAAUGUUCUUGUCAUUUAUGUUGUUUCCAACUAAGCAUCCCUAAAUAAUAUAGAAUAAAUUAUCUAAUAUCUAUGUAGAUCUAAAGUGUCCUGAUCCUCCAUCUUUUAGAUAAUUAAAUGUAAAUGUUUCCUAAGAGAGCAGGCCUAUGAUUUAAUUUAGAGCAUUUAGAACUAUGCAAGCAUUAACUGAUAAUAGAAAUAAUUUUCUAUUAACUAAAAUUAAUGCAGGUUACUAUUAAAGAGCAUACUCAAUGAUCCAUGAAUGCCUUAAAUAAGAUUUAGUGGCUAUAAUAAUCUGUCCUGAAAUCAUUGUUCAAUAUCUCACAUUCCUACUUUAUCAAGAGCCUGAGAUAUCUACUUUUUACUUAAUAUCUUAUCAUUUACCCUUUAGAUUGAUGCUAUUUUUGGACAUCCCUGAAAUAUCUCAAUAUUUUACCUAAUUUAUGAGCUUUAUUUAGACUCCUUAUCAUAAAAUCAUCCCUUAAUCAACAAAAUUGUUAUGGAAGUAUUUUGAAUUAACUAAUUUUUUUUCAGAUUUGUUAGAUACAACAUUAUUUGAUUCGAAAGUGUUAGACAAUAUAAUAGCCAAAAAAUCAACUGAAUUGUAUAGGCCAUCAAAGAUAGAAGAACUGUUGUAAUAACCUAAUUUUUCACCUCUAGAAAUUGAAAAAUUUAUCACUCAACCAGAACAUAAGAAGGUUGCUGAAGAGAUUGAUGAAAUUAACGUAGAUUAUGAUCUUAUUUUCUAAUAUCUCCCAAGCAAAUGUUAAAAAACUAAAAAGUUGUUUGAAAGAAUGCUUCAAUAAGCUACAAAAAAAACAAAUACCAAAUCUAGAAUGACUAUGACUUCUUAUGGGCCUAAGUCAAUCCAAACUGUGAAAAGUGGAAAAACUGAGGAAGCAGAUCCAUUUACAUUUAGCCCAACUAGAAGAAAAACAAUAAUUGCUCCAAGAUUAAUGAAACUAUUAGAUGACAAUCCAAAAUAUUCAGUUUAAAGGUGUAGUCAAGAAUUCGAAACCCAACAAAUUUCAUCAAAUAAUACAUCAAGAAGCCAAUUAUAAGCACUUACUAAUCCUAAUAAUUUAUUUGGUGUAAUUACAGAGUCUAUUUAAAUUUAGGCUAAGGAAUCACACCAAGACAUCAAAUAAAAACCAAUGUAUUAGAGAAUUCUUGUAAAACGACCCACUCAAAUGAUAAUGCUUUAUAGUUAAUAGAAAUAACUGAGUAUGAAGAGAAUAAGUCAUCAAUCCUCUAUUAUUAAUAUUACUGAUUCAAUCAACAAGUCAAAACUAUAAAAUUCAAUAAUUUUAAAUAAAUUUAAUCAUCUAGUAGGAACAGUUAAAUAAAAUGAGUCUGAAAAGGAUAUAAAUAUCUAUCCUCCAGAACUUAAAGAUCAAUAAAUCACUGAUUUCGAAAGAUUAGCUUUUGAUGAAGAAUUUUAACAGUUAUGUUUAAGAAAUGAACACUAUACAAAAGGUGUUUUGUAAUGCAUUUAUGAUAUAUUAUUAAUGAUAUUUACACCAAGGAAAUUCAUUUUAUCUAAUAAUUUGUCUAAAGAAAAUCCCAUGUAUUAUCUUAACAUAAUUCUUGGAGAUAAUAAACAAAAGUUUAUUUAGACAAUUACUAAAAAUUAUUUAUUAAAAUAAAAAUAUGGAGAAGAAUACUAAUGUACAUACUUAAUAGCGGGUAGAAUUUAUAAUCUUAUGCUAACUAAUUCUAUGGAAAAAACAGUAUAUUUUAAUUUUUAAGAGCAUCUGAUAUUGAUUGUAAAAAUACUAGUAACUUAACUUCUAUCCUAAUAGCUAUCAGUCAGAACUAUCAUUCUAUUAGAAAGUCUUACUUUAAUCCUAGAAAAAACAAAGUAAAGUCUAUUAUAGUUAAUUUCAAUAUCACUUUGGCAUUUAUUAGUAGAAGCUUGUUCUAUUCAUUAUGAAAACUCAGUAUUCAUGAACUAUUUUACAAGAAUUCUUACAAUCAGUUUCAUAUAUGGAAAUCUAAGCAUUUUUAAAAGAGUGUUAUUGAAAAUCAACUUUUUAUCUUAUUUCAAAGAUCACCCUUGUAUAAUCAAAUAAUUAUUUUUGAUAUUAUUUCUUAUAUUUAAAUUGAGAUAGGAUGAAGUUAAAUCCAUUAAAUAGUAAAUCUCAUAAAUGUCAUCUUGGAACCAUUUCCUGACUUACUUCAAAAGUGAAAUAAAAUUGUUGGAAUCUUAAUAAUAUAAAAACACUCUAAAAUACCUUAAACCAGAUGAUUUUCUUUAUGUGGAAACUCUAUUACAGAAUAAAGAUAGUAGAAAAUAUAAUUUAUUAAUUCAUUGA